AGCGGGAGUUGAAAUAGAAAAUUGUUUCCAAAUCAAGCAUGUGUUGAGGAUGUGUCGUUUUCGGAUUCGCGUUGGACAUUAUAGCCGGCGCGCGCGCACAAUAAAUUGCGUGGCAGCACUCUAUCAACGCGUUAUCAAAAAACAAAUGGGAGUUUCAUAUAUCGGAAAGGGGUGAUGUUCACUAUUCGCACGCAAAAUGGAAAUAUGAAUAAAGAUUGGCGUUUUAAAAUUUUUUGCCAAUAAAAAAUUAUGCAAGCAAAAAUUUGCAGCUGAAAUCGUUGUCUGGUUUCAAGCACAUCUAGGAGGUAAAAAAACCCACCCAAGAGGCUACCAUUCCACAUUUCAGUCGCAAUGUGGGUGUGCUAAUCGCAGGUCUUGAACCUGAAUUCAUUUGCCAAAUGGAAAACAAACUGGAGGUAUGCUCAUCAGAGCAGGCAUUUAUUUGUUCUUCCAAUGUCUCGGGUUGCAGUUGACCUUGGAGGCAACCGAGUGCAUGGCAUUAAAGUAUAGUGCAUGCAAAGGGGGCAUAGAGGCACCGACGGGGAGGAGGGUGGGAGCAUACAUGCAGUGUUUAUAUUGCUUGUUAAGAGCAAUAAUCAACCAGCCAAAAAACGAAAGGCAAAGCGAAAGCAUUGGAAUGCACCCAAAGAAAAAGAGACAUUCAGCAAUGUGCGCAAGCCCAACUACCUCGGCGCUGGACAAUAGCAUAAAAAAGCCUGAUUUUUUUUGUUCCUCGGGACUUAUGAGGUGUGGAAUAUUGUCGGUCUGCCCAAGAGCGCAGAGCAGCGACACGUAUGCAAGGACACAAUGGAAUAGUGCAGACUCGGGCGGAGAUGAGUUGGGUGGAGGGGGAAAUUGUCCGUUGAAAAUGGAAGUGAACUUUUAUUGGGAUUUUGUUGGGCGUUCAGGAGCCAGGCCAGAUUGAUAGACGCAGGGGCCGCAAAGAAUAACGGCCGCAAAUGGGAAACAAGACGUGUCCAAUCCCUUCGACCAUCCUUAUUUGGCAAGAGAGCAAAUAAAAAAUAAACAAGAUCAACCAACCCCCUUUCCACGGCGUAUCUGCCACAAAGACACAAAGAGGAACGUGACAAAUUGCAACAGACACGGAAGACCAAUGCAUUGGAAAGGAAGAGAAAGACCAAGGUAAAUGUCGAGGGCAAUAAACAAACAAAAAAGCUUGAAGAGCAGCAAACAUUGCAUUUACACAGAAAAAUUGCGCACUCGGCAGCUGUUUACAAUGCGGAGUUUUUGCAGCUGAGUAUGCCAGCGACUGCUGUGUCGGAGAACGCCCACGCAUGUCGGAGCUGGAAA